CCUUCCUGGGUACCAGUCGGACGCUCCCGGACUCUGCCGGCGGAAGAGAUGCAGUAGCGUCACGGGCGCCCAGCCCCUUAAAACGCCGCUGGCUGGAGCCACCUCCCUCCUUGCAGCCCGCUGGGGGGGGAUGGAGUAAAGGAGACCCAUCGACCGGCCAGUGGAACCGGCAAUGGAGUUAAAGCAAUCCUUGUCCGCCCACCUGGAGGCUGAAAAGCCGCUGAGGCGCUAUGGGGCCGUGGAGGAGACGGAGUGGAAAGCGGAGGGACUGGGGAGAAAUCAACUUGACAUCAUUUCCAUGGCUGAGACAACCAUGAUGCCGGAGGAGAUUGAGUUGGAGAUGGCAAAAAUUCAACGUCUUCGGGAAGUCUUAGUCAGAAGGGAAUCAGAACUCAGGUUUAUGAUGGAUGAUAUCCAACUGUGCAAGGACAUCAUGGACCUUAAACAAGAACUGCAGAAUUUAGUCGCCAUUCCAGAAAAAGAAAAAACUAAACUGCAAAAGCAGAGAGAGGAUGAAUUGAUCCAGAAGAUCCACAAAUUGGUACAAAAGAGAGACUUCCUGGUGGAUGAUGCUGAAGUGGAGCGAUUACGUGAACAAGAGGAAGACAAGGAAAUGGCAGAAUUUCUGAGAAUCAAGUUGAAACCUCUAGAAAAAGUAACCAAAUCUCCAGCCAGUUCUCCGGCAGAGAAGAAGGCAGAACCCCCACCUACUAAACCUACAGUUGCCAAGACUGGGAUCGCACUCAUUAAGGAUUGUUGUGGGGCCACCCAAUGCAACGUUAUGUAGCCCCCAGAGGGCUCUCCUGUGGCCUUGGGGCCAUCCCCACCCUCUUAUCUUUAUAGCCCCCAUUUCACCGGGGCCAAAAUAAAACAAAAAACUUUAUAAGGCAGAAGGGAUCAAAGGCAACCCUAAUUCUGCCAAGAGGGCCAUGGGCGUGGUGGGGCCCAGCCGUCAUGUACAGAGUGUAGCAAUAGGGAGUCCCUCACUGUUGCAUGGCCCUCCCCAUGCGCAUGCUGAAUACAGGAGUUAUGUAUAGCAGUUUAUCCAACCAUUGGGAAAGAGUUGUCUUUUUAAAAAGAAAAGUAUAUAUACAUAUAAUCCCAUUGUACAAACAAGCUGGGAGAGGGGCAUGUUCCCCAAGUGUGUACAAUUGUGAUUUUUUUUUUUUUUUUUUAAGAAUUUAGCACUUUAUAGGACAAGUCCCAUGCCCCUUCUCUCGUUGAAACUGCCCCACCUCCUGUUUCCCCCCUUGCCCUCACCUGGGAGUUCUGCCAGUGCACCAGAUGACAGGAGUUACAAGAAGCCAGCAUCAUCUUCUCCUGAUCCUAUAGUAAUAGAAACCUCACAGUCAGUCCCUAGAUCAUGAACUUAUUGGGUCAGUGAAGAAAGGGAGAAGAGGUUGCAGCCUGCCAUUGCUGGCUAUUUGGCAUCCUUCCCAGGUGUCAUCUGAGUGCUGUUGUGGCCAAUCCCUUCUCCCAUAUUAUGUGUGUGUGAGCCUGGGUCAGCCCUUUCAAGCCUAAGUCUAUCACUAGAGCUCUGGUACCCCUUUUUUUCAUUUCCCAUGAAGGCCAUUCUCUGUGCAUUGCCUCAGCCAGAAUAGGGAUGGAAUAAUCAAGACAAAGAGAACAGCUAUACAUGGUUCUCCUGGGUCUAGAUUAAUUCUAGAGAGUUGAGUAAGAUUAGAGGUAAUGAGGAUACAGUAUAAAGGUCUGAGAGGGGCUCUCUAUUUGCCAAUGGGGCACAGAGAAGCUGCCAUGAGUGUGACUGCCUCAACAGCCAGAUUUGACUUCUUGAGGAACAAAAGAGCAUGAUGGAUGGGAGAGUCAGCAUGCCCCAACAUCUGUGUUCCACUGUGCACUGGCUUAUUUUAAUCAGUCUGCCAAUUUAACCCAUGUAAAUCUCUUCGUACAUUUGCUGUAGCCAGCAGGGCGCGGUUUGUGCAACAUCUCUAUGUGUGUGUGGCCUAAAUAGUUAUGUGACUCAAGACUUGCUGAUGUGCAAUCAUCCAUCUGGAAAAAAAUAAUAAAAAUGUAAACAAAUGAA